AUGAAAAUCCAAUAUGUUUUGGAAGAACAAGAGGUUCUUGAAGCUUUUACUACAACCAUGGAAGAGCCUGAAGAAGGAGUCACAGCUCAACAUAGACUAGACCGUGCAGCUUAUGACAUAUGGAAGAAGAAGAAUUCCACUGCUCGCAUUACUUUGUUGAGCAGCAUGGACAAUGAUCUCAUGAAAAAGUACCGAGAUUACGAAUUAGCAAAGGACAUGUGGUCCGCACUUGCUACAAAGUUUGGCGAAGAACAGGAGGUUCUUGAAGCUCUUACCACAACCAUGGAAGAGCCUGAAGAAGGAGCCACGACUCAACAUAGAAGAGACCGUGCGGCUUAUGACAUGUGGAAGAAGAAGAAUUCCACUGCUUGCAUCACUUUGUUGAGCAACAUGGACAAUGAUCUCAUGAAAAAGUACCGGGAUUACGAAUUAGCAAAGGACAUGUGGUCCGCCUUUGCUACAAAGUUUGGCGGUACGUCCAUUACCAAACUUCGGUCACUUACUAUCAAGUUUGACACAUAUAAGAAAAAGCCUGAACAUACCAUGAGAGUACACUUAAGGCAUUUGUCAAACAUGAUUAGUAAGUUGAGAGAUGCAGGUCAUGUCCUAACUGAUGAACAACAGGUUCAAGCUGUCAUAAGAUCAUUGCCUCACAAUUGGGAACACGAAGAUACACUUUACCCACAAUGA